UGCUGUUCAUCCUCCAUCCUUCAGAGCAGUACCACUCAGGGCAUAACCAUGAAAUUUGUGGCUCUUGCACUAACUCUUCUCCUGGCUUUGGGUGCCCAGGCCCGUUUUCUGCAGGAUGAGGCGCCUUCCCAGCUGGAGCACUACAGGGCAGCAGCCUUGGUGUAUCUGAAUCAGGUCAAGGAACAAGCUCAAAAAGCUCUUGACAACAUGGACGGUACCGAAUAUGAGCAGUACAAGUUGAAACUUUCAGAGAGCCUCACUAAGCUGCAGGACUUUGCCCAGACCAGCUCCCAGGCUCUGACCCCCUACACAGACACCUUCUCCAACCAGUUCCUGGAGACCACCAAGCAACUGCGUGAGCGCGUCAUGACCGACAUCGAAGACAUCCGUUCCAAGCUGGAGCCCCACCGGGUUGAGCUGCACGACGUGCUGGAGAAGCACAUGAAUGAAUACCGUCAGAAACUGGAGCCCCUCUUCCAAGAGUAUGUGACCAUGAACCGUGAAAACAGCGAGAAGCUGCGUGCCAAGCUGCAGCCCCUGAUGGAUGAGAUGAGGCAGAAGAUUGACACCAACGUUGAGGAGACCAAGUCUAAACUGAUGCCCAUGGUGGAGGCCGUGCGCACAAAGCUGACUGAGCGCCUGGAGGACCUGAGGGCCAUGGCUGCCCCCUAUGCUGAGGAGUACAAGGAACAACUUGUGAAGGCUGUUGAGGAGGCCAAGGAGAAGCUCAACCCACACACUAAGGACCUGCAGACCCGUUUGGAGCCCUAUAUGGAGGACCUGAAGGCCAAGUUUGCUGUUUUGUAUGACACCAUUUCCAAGUCCAUUCAGGAAUAAAACAACAAACACAAGGACUACGCACACAGAUGCUCGCAAACAACUGGAGCAAAAGUGUUCUUAAUACAAUCUGUGUGUGUGUAAAUGCAGAGUUUGUGUGUUCAAAAUGCUCAUGUUAAAAAAACCUUAAUGUGACCAUGCAAACAAAUAAAAUCCA